AAACGACGAAAGCGAAGCCCCCAACGCCAAAACACACAAACACAUAAUGGAUAGAGUUUUCUCCGUCGAAGAAAUCUCCGACCACUUCUGGCCGUCCUCCUCCUCCUCCGCCACCACCAACUCCGCUUCCGCUGAUGACGAUAACAAGUCCGGUUCUAAAAUGAACCGUAGUGCUUCCGAAUGGGCUUUUCAGCAGUUUAUUAGAGAGGAAGUUGAUAAGGAAGGUGAAGAUGAAGGAGUGACUGAGGGGGAUCUAAAGAAGAAGAAUGGAACGGCGUCGUUUAACAAUGGGUGUUUAGAGAGUAAUGGUAAUAACAAUGUUCUGGUAGAUUCAGAUGAAUACCAAGCUUUUCUUAAGAACAAGCUUAACUUGGCUUGUGCUGCUGUUGCCAUGUCAAGGGCAUCUUUUGUAAAACCGCAAGAUUCGGCUGUUAGAGCUGACAGCGGAUCACAGGCAUCCGAUACUCCCCAGUCAGUAUCCAUAGCUACUUCUAAAGGGGCUGGUGAUAAGAACGGUAAUGCACUGUCGGGAUUUCCUUCAGUGGUUAAUGGACAAAAGAAGAUUGGAGCUCAGGUGAGGCCAAGCACAAGUGGAUCAUCGAGAGAGAUGUCGGAAGAUGAUGAAGUAGAAGGAGAGAACGAAACAAUGGAGAACAUGGAUCCAGCUGAUGCAAAACGUGUAAGGAGGAUGCUUUCCAAUAGAGAGUCCGCUAGGCGCUCUAGAAGAAGAAAGCAGGCUCAUUUGACCGAACUCGAGACACAGGUUUCUCAACUAAGAGUCGAAAAUGCAACCUUAUUGAAGCGUCUUACUGACAUUAGCCAAAAGUACAAUGAAUCAGCCGUCGACAAUAGAGUUCUGAAAGCUGAUGUUGAAACACUGAGAGCAAAGGUGAAAAUGGCUGAAGAUUCCGUCAAAAGAAUAACCGGUUUGAGCCCUGUAUUCCAUACCUCACCCGAAAUAUCAACAGCGGGGAUGUCAUCAUUCGAUGGAAGUCCCUCCGAUACAUCUACCGAAGCUGCUGCUUCCGUACAAGACGGCCCAAAGCACCCCUUAUAUCAGGCUGCUGCAAACAAACCUAUAUCUACACAUGACCUGAGAACCAAUAACGCGCUUGCGGAUAUAUCUUCAGUCGAAAAUAUACAACCGAAGUCAGAAGUAUCAUCAGUAUCAGGAAACAAAAUUGGUCGGACACCUUCUAUGCAGCGAGUGGCUAGCUUGGAGCAUCUGCAAAAGCGGAUAUGUGGGGGCAUAAGCUCCUGUAAACCUCAGUUAAAUGGUGAGAAGUAGUCUACACACAUGCAUAAAAAGAAGAGUUAAAAACUGAAGAAUGUAUUGUCUUAGAAUUUGACCAAACUGUACAAUAAUUUGUGGGUUUUAAAUGUUUGGAAACAAGGUGAAUUAUGCAGUAA